GAUGACUACAUCAUAUAUGGUGUGAACUGAAGACGUGUGUGUGUGUGUGUGUGCUGCAGAUGCUGGAGCAGGAGGCAGCGCUGAGUGUGACGGUGGCGGACUUCGUGGAGGCGUGUCGAGUGACUGUGAACCUGCUGGCACGUCGCAGGACCGAGCUCCGGGACUCCCUCGGUCUCUUCAAGGGCGGCAUGGAUAAACUGCACGAGACGAGCGGUAACGUGGAGGAGCUGAAGGGGGAGCUGAGCGAGCUGGAGCCGGAGCUGAAGGCGACGCAGGAGGAGGGUCAGCGCCUCACUCACGCCCUCUCGCAGCAGCGGUCUCAGGUCUCCCACAUCAGAGACCAGAUGAUCACUCACGAGGAGAAAGUCAAGGAGAAGUGUGAGGCGGUGGCGGCACUGAAUGAGGAGAUCGUGCAGGAGGUGGGGGAGGCAGUGCCAGGCCUGGAGGCGGCGGAGAAGGCCAUCAGAGCCCUGGACAAAAAGGACCUGGUGGAGGUCCGGGUCCUCAACAAGCCGCCAGAUCUUGUCCUCGCCGUAAUGGAACCCAUCUGUCUCCUCCUCAAUGUCAAUGCCAUCAUGUCUACUUCUCGAGGGUUGUCAAGUAUUAAUUAUCUUGCCUUUAGAGAAUCUCUUCCCUGUACAACUGGAAAGAGACAAGCCCUGGAACUGAAAACCAGGGAAACCAGAUCAAACCAGAUCUCGGCCACCGACACAGAACCGGAGACCCACCAGAAGCUGCGUAAAGCUGCCACCGGACUCAACCCGUAA